AUGAGCGGCUCCUUCGACCGCAAGCUCAGCAGCAUCCUCACCGACAUCUCCAGCUCGCUGAGCUGCCAUGCGGGCUCCAAGGACUCGCCCACGCUGCCCGAGUCUUCCGUCACGGACCUGGGCUACUACAGCGCGCCCCAGCACGACUACUACUCGGGCCAGCCCUACGGCCAGACGGUGAACCCCUACACCUACCACCACCAGUUCAAUCUCAACGGGCUCGCGGGCACGGGCGCCUACUCGCCCAAGUCGGAAUAUACCUACGGGACCUCCUACCGGCAAUACGGCGCGUACCGCGAGCAGCCGCUGCCCGCGCCCGACCCAGUGUCGGUGAAGGAGGAGCCGGAAACCGAGGUGCGCAUGGUGAAUGGGAAGCCCAAGAAGGUCCGCAAGCCCCGCACCAUUUACUCCAGCUACCAGCUGGCCGCCCUGCAGCGCCGCUUCCAGAAGGCUCAGUACCUGGCGCUGCCCGAACGCGCCGAGCUGGCAGCGCAGCUGGGCCUCACGCAGACUCAGGUGAAAAUCUGGUUCCAGAACCGACGCUCCAAGUUCAAGAAGCUCUACAAGAACGGGGAGGUGCCCCUGGAGCACAGCCCCAACAACAGCGACUCUAUGGCCUGCAAUUCCCCGCCGUCCCCAGCCCUCUGGGACACGUCCUCGCACUCGGCCCCGGCCCCCGCCCGCAGCCAGCUGCCCCCGCCGCUCCCCUACAGUGCCUCCCCCAGCUACCUGGACGACCCCACCAGCUCCUGGUACCACGCACAGAGCCUGAACGGACCCCACUUGCAGCAGCAGCCGCCCCAGCCGGCCACCCUGCACCACGCCUCCCCAGGGCCCCCGCCCAACCCCGGGGCUGUGUACUGA